AUGGUAACCAAGGAUUUGAAUGUUGAGCAAGGAGUCAUGAUGAUAUCAGCUCAAGUCAGUGCUAUUAUUCAGAACAAGAUCCCAGAAAAACUUCCUGAUCCAGGUAGUUUUGUUCUUGACUGUACCAUCUUCACUGACAGAUUUGCUAGAUCUUUGUGUGAUCUUGGCUCUAGUGUCAACUUAAUGCCUAGAUCAAUAGCUCUCAGCUUGGGAAUGACAGACUUCAAGCCUACCAAGAUCACUCUAAUCCUUGCGGAUCGGUCAAUUCGUAUUCCUGAUGGUGUUCUUGAGGAUGUUCCAAUUAAGAUUGGAGAAUGCUUGAUACCAACUGAUUUUGUAGUACUCAAGUAUGAAGAAGAACCUAAGGACCCUCUUAUUCUGGGAAGAUCAUUUUUAGCCACUGCUGGAGCUAUUAUUGAUGUCAAGAAGGGUUAG